UCCAAACUCGGGCUCUGGUGUCGGUUCAGUGGCUGGCAGACGCCGUCAGAAACAAACUCGUCGGUCCAAAACUUCGCAUUCUUGACACUUCUUGGUAUUUGCCGAGCACGAAGCGUGACACGCGGGAUGAGUUCGCUCAGAAACACAUCCCGGGAGCCUCUUUCCUCGACAUUGACGAGUGCAGCGACUCCACUUCUCCGUACGAUCACAUGCUGCCAACUCCCAGCAACUUCUCCCAGUAUGUCGGAGAUUUGGGCAUCGGGAACGACACGCACGUCGUGGUUUACGACACCAGCGACUUUGGGGCGUACAGCGCACCGCGGGUGUGGUGGAUGUUCCGGGCGUUCGGACACGGGUUGGUGUCGGUGCUGGACGGAGGUAUGAAGAACUGGGUGGCUGAAGGACACCCGGUAACAUCUGAGUACAGCAAACCGGAGCGCCAAGAAUUCCGAGCGACUCUGAACGCCUCAUGGGUGAAGAGUUUUGAAGACGUGAUGGAGAACAUCAGAACCAAGGAGGUUCAGGUCGUGGACACCAGGAUUUCUGGCAGGUUUAAUGGGACUGAACCAGAACCCAGAGAGGACAUUCUUCCCGGUCAUUUCCCUGGAGCGAUCAACAUUCCCUUCACAUCUCUACGUGACGAUUCUGGAAAGCUUCUUGGACCUGAAGUCCUGACUAAGAUCUUCAAGGACGCCGGGGUGGACCUGCAGCGCCCGCUCUGGGUCACCUGCGGUUCUGGUGUCACGGCGUGCCAUGUCGUCCUGGCGGCUCACCAGCUCGGCUAUCCUGGGGUUUGCGUUUACGACGGCUCCUGGGUGGAGUGGUUUCAGAGAGCGUCGCCAGAACACAUCAUCUCUGAGGGGAAAGUGAAGAAGGAAUAAGCAAGAAACAUUUUAAAAAGAUUAAGGAGGUGCAAAACUAUAAUUGCAAUAAUUACGCUGUGAUCUCCUAUAAAUGUCACUGACAUCAUUCAUAGAAAACUUUGUAUUUUCUUAUUAUAAUCUAUUAAAAUAUCAGCAAAAAACAACUUUACAACGCUUUGUUCAUCAGAACAUUUACUCUGUGGAAAUAAAGUGUCUAAAGCUGCA